UAAUGUCCAAGUCUGCUAACUAUCUAAAUAGCACAGACUAGUAUUCAAAACAACACAAACUAGUAAUCAGAUAGCAGAUAGCCAGAUACUAGGGCUGUCGGUCGGUUUCGGUUUAACCGAAAACCAAUUUCUCGGUUAUCGGUUAAACCGAGACCACGCUGACAGGUACCGGCCACCGACCGCCUAGCAUGCCACGAUUAGCCGCCAACCGACCGACCAGUUUCGGUUUCGGCUCGAUCUAACCGUGGUAACCGUGAAACAACCCCAACUCUCCAAAAACCAAACAAAAACCUGAAAACCUAACCCUCCAAAAACCCACACCCCUCGCCCAAACCCAUUUCCCCAAUCUCCAUCCCCAACAUCCCCAAAUCCCUAUCCCUAACCCUAACCGCAAACUCUGCAAUCUCAUCUAAUUGAAUUGCAAAAACAUCAAAAAGGAGAAGGGCGGCGGACGGCGGUGACUCGCUAGACUCGGCUGGGGAUAUUGGCGCCAGCGAUGGAGGUCAGGGAGGGGGAGGGAGAAGGUGGAGGAGGCCUCGGGCUCUCGGCGGCCGGGAUACUGGCGCCGGCGAGGAGGGAGGUCCAGGCGGGGAAGAAGGAUCGUCGGAAGCAGUGAGCAAGCGAGAUUUGUUCCCCCAAAGUAGAGGACUGACGAAGAAGAGACUAGAAUGAUUGUUUGAGGGUUCGUGAGAUUAAUGAUCGGCGGUGGAAUUGGUGGAGGAGGAAGAGAAAGAAGGGGAAGAUAGAUACAGAUCUGGUGAGGGAGAGGGGGGAACAUGAUAGAUCUGUCAAAGAAGAAGGGUGAAUUUUCAAAGGGAAAUGCAUGCAAAGCAAUAAUUUUUUUAUCUGAUUUGGGCGAAUCCGUUUCUUCUUCUUCUUCUUCUUCUUCCUCGUCCUCCUCAUGGAUUUGGGAAACUUUGUAGAUGUGAGAAUGGCGAUGAAUAUGGAUAGGAUUUUGGGAAGGUUAAGUGGGUCUCGGUUGGGCCCGGUUAGUCGGAUAACCGCGGUUAACCACCGUCGGUUACUCGGUCAACCGACCCCUUCCUUUUCCCAUCCGACCACCGACCAUCACGUUAACCGGUCAGUUUUCGGGUUGCUGGUAACCGGCGAUUUUCGGUUAAAACCGACGGUUACCCGCUAACCGGAAACCGAAAUGCCAGCCCUAGCAGAUACCAACUAAUAUCCACAACCAACCAACUAGUAUUCAAUAUGGAUACUCUUAUGUGUUAUCUAGAUACUCUUAUGUGUUAUCUGGAUACUAAUUAUGUGUUGUUUGAAUACUAUUAUGUGUUGUCUAGAUAUUAGUUUGUGAAUUUGGGAUAAUAGUUGAUUCAUGGUGGAUAUCAGGUAGCAAACUUUGAAUACUAGUCUGUGCUCUCUAGAUACUUUAAUUUUUGGAUAUUAGUUCAUGUAUUUUAAAUAUCAGUUAAUAUAUGCUAACGAAUCUUCAAGUUAGCAGAUUAACUUCCCCUCACCUCAGCUACACAACACUAACAGUUUUAACACACUAAAGUCUAAACGACACUGUCCAGAUCAGAGCUGAACUGUAAAGUAGCCUCGUGAGUAAUGAGUCGACGACCCAGACUAAACCAGACCAGCAAUAAACAAAACAAAAAAAACGAAAUGGAUAUGGAUCAGGGAAGCUCCACCGUGACGUGACUGUGGCGGUCCUCCUGGCAGUGCCGAUUUGAUGCCAUCGCCGUACACUUACGCACAGAUUGCCCAUCAACCGCGAGCUUUGACCGCGGCUCCGGCCCACGGCGGAGGGAGACGGAAAGUAUCAAUAUGACGACGACUCAAGGUGGGUCGCCGUGGGCAGAUCUCCCCGACGAGAUCCUCAAAGCCAUCGGCAGCCGCGUCGAUCGCCCCGUCAACGUCCUCACCUUCUGCUCCGUCUGCUACUCCUGGCGCUCCGCGGUCUCCAUCCCCGACUUCGGCCAGCUAAUUCCGCCCCUCCAAGUCCGGCUCCCUUACCCCACCGACGUCGACGGCGUCCUCACCCCCUCCACCAUGUACUGCGCGGAGUUCCAGCCUCCGAUCCCCAAUGGAGAUUCAACCUCCCACGCCGACGACGCCGCGUGGGGCGGCGGCGGUCGGCUGAUCAAAAUCGAGGAAUCCAACCGCGGAAAGCUGCAGCUCCUGAACCCUAUCUCCAACCUCAAGCUCCGAUACUCUCCGAUUCAAUUGAGCUUGGCCGACUUCCACGUCGUUCAAUUGAGCACCUCAUUCCGCCUCAGAUUGCGGACUGGAUUCACAGCUUUCGAGGUAAACAAAGUCAUCCUGUUUCCCCCCUCUGCGGCGUCGUAUUCGCCGCCCCAACAGGAGAGAGUCACCGUCGUAGCCAUUUUCCAGGAAGGCAGAUUAGGGUACUGGCGAAACGGAGACGAGUCUUGGACUCUAUUAGACGACAAAAAUUUCGAUUACGACGACAUAGGUCCGCACCGGGGUCAAUUCUACGUCGUCGACAGAUUGGGGAAACUGUCUCGGAUCGAUUCGUCCUUGAGUUUCGUCGAGUCCCGCUCACCGCCGCAGAUCCCCGAUGGCGGCGGCGGGCAGAAGAAUCUGGUGGACUCCGGUGGGGAUCUGUAUCUGGUCGACAGGAAAUGGAACCCUAGAGCGGUGGAUUUCAAGGUCUACAAGCUGGACGAGGAAAUGGGGGAAUGGGUUGAAGUGAAGUCGUUGGGGGGUGAUGAAACAGUGUUUGUGCUGACGACAGAAUGUUGUUUCUCGGCUCCGGCUGCACAGGUCGCCGGUGGGAGAAGGGAUUGCAUUUACUACUCGGAUGAUGAUGAUUAUGUGGCCAGAGUCAUGUUGACUACUGAGAGCAUUCAGGUGUUUCAGUUGGAGGAUGGUAGUAUUCAGGAAGUGAAAUCGUUGCCUCGCGAGUCUAAUAUAUUUCUACCUCCGGGCUUUCGUACCGAGUUCUAGACUGCAAAAGGAGCCGCCAUCGUUGACUUGUUGUUGUACUUCACAUCCUUGUUUGUUUCACUCUCUUGGCUGUCGCCUUUGAUUGAUUGCUUUGUUUGGUGCUUCGGCUGCUUGAUAGUUUGCUGUGUUUGGUCAUUUAUAUCGCGAGGGAAGGGAAGGGAAGGGAAGGGAAGACAAAGGCAUUUUGAUUCACAAUGUUUAAGACGGGAAAAGAUAGUAUAACAACAGUCCGUAUGUUGUUACGGUACCAACAGCAAUCAUUAAGGACAAAAAGGUAAUUUAAUAUAAAAUACAAAAUAAA